AUCUCUGUCCCUCACUUUCAAACUCACACUUCAUCUUUGACAAAUCUUCCCUUUGUUUAUCCUCCAAAAAAAAAAAUCAACACUUGUAAAUUCACCAAACAUGCUUCCUCUUUGUCUCCUCUUUAUUGCUCUAACACUCUCUCUUUUCCCAAACCCAUGUUGUGCAAAUGCAGAACUCACUCUUCUAAUGGACAUCAAGGCUUCUCUAGACCCCGAAAACAAGCAUCUUAUGUCGUGGACCGAAUCGGGGGACCCCUGCAGCGGUUCGUUUAUCGGUGUGGCGUGCAAUGAGCAUCUAAAAGUGACCAACAUCUCGUUGCCAGGCCGCAGCCUCACUGGAAAGGUGCCCACGUCAAUCUCGGGCCUAAAGCGCCUCUCGGGUUUAUACCUUCAUUACAAUUCAUUAACUGGAGAGAUACCGAAAGAGAUUUCGGGUCUCACUGAGUUAUCAGAAUUGUAUCUUAAUGUCAAUGAUUUAACCGGAGGAAUACCCGCGGAAAUUGGAAACAUGAAACAUCUUCAAGUUGUUGAGUUGUCGUGUAACCGGUUAACUGGUCGGAUUCCAUGGACCCUUGGAGGGUUAGCCAUGUUACAGAGGCUCGAUCUUAGUUUUAACGGGCUAAGUGGUUCGAUUCCUGCAAGCAUGGGCAAACUACCACAGUUGAAGUUUCUUGAUGUUCAGAACAACACACUCUCCGGCUUCGUACCAACCGGUUUGAAGCAAUUGAAAGACGGGUUCAGUUAUAAGAACAAUCUUGGUCUAUGUGGCGUGGCGUUUUCUUCACUAAGGCGGUGUCGCAACCAAGAUGCGUCAAAGAUCGACCCACUCGAACCAUCUAAACCCGCACCAAACACCACCGUAUCUCAAAACAAGCCUCAAUCGGCUAAUGUUACACCUCGUUGUCACCAAACCCACUGCUCGAACUCAUCGAAUCUUAAACGGGUUGCCAUCAUAGCAGCCGUAGUCACAGUCAUUGCAACUUUAACCGUAACCGCAUGCGUCACAAUAUUCAUCCGCAGACGACAAAAACAGAAAAUCUGGAAUAAAUCCGAGACUCCCGAUCGCAAAUUUAGCAUGCAAGAAUCACCCCCAAAAACCAGCGAUUCCAUUUGCGCGUGGGACCCGACACAAAAAUCACCACAAAAAUCACCGAAAUCUUGCGGGUUUUGUGUCGAGUUGGAAUCGAACUUGUUACAGAGUUUCAAUUUGGAGGAAAUCGAAUCCGCCACACGGUACUUUUCAGAUGCUAACUUGCUCGGGAGAAGCAAGUUUUCCGCGGUGUACAAAGGCGUGUUACGCGACAGAUCAGUCGUCGCGAUAAAGAGCGUGAGCGUCACAAGUUGUAAAGCCGAUGAAGCCGAGUUUACAAAAGGGUUGAGCUUAUUAACCUCAUUGAAACAUGAGAAUCUAGCAAGGCUUAGAGGGUUUUGCUGCUCAAAAAGCAGAGGUGAAUGCUUUUUGGUGUAUGAUUUUGCAUCAAAAGGGAAUCUAUCAGAGUAUCUUGAUGUUGAAGAUAGAAGAACCGGUCAUGUUCUUGACUGGCCCAAAAGGGUUUCCAUUAUUAAUGGCAUAGCCAAAGGUCUUGCAUACUUGCACAGAGAUGACCCGGAAAAACCCGGGAUGAUUCACCGAAACAUAUCGAUGGAAAAGAUUUUACUCGACCAAGAAUACAACCCUUUAAUCACGGAUGCGGGCCUGUUGAAGCUCUUAGCCGAUGAUAUUGUAUACUCGGCGCUCAAAGUGAGUGCUGCUUUAGGCUACAUGGCUCCCGAGUAUAUUACAACCGGCAAGUUCACUGAGAAAAGUGAUGUUUACGCUUUCGGGGUUGUGGUUCUUCAAAUACUUUCGGGUAAAGGUAAUGUCGCCGGGUCAAUACGGGCAGCUGCCGCAGAUAGAAGGUUUGAUGAUUUCAUAGAUGAAAAUCUUGAGGGAAAGUUUUCGGAAUCUGAAGCAGAUAAGCUGACCGAAAUGGGGUUGAUCUGUGUCGAUGAGCUUCCUGAGAAUAGAUUGACGAUGGAGGAUGUGAUUCGAGAACUAAGUAGUUCUAUUUAGUCGAUUGAUCUGUUCUUGAAUUUACUAUAUUUAUUUAAUUUUGAACACAUUCAGAAAAUUCAUGAACAAAAAUUUCAUUUGUAUAAAUCUUUUCAUCAAAAAGAUACAAGUCAGUCGUGCUCGGGUUCACCUAUCCAACCUGUCAACCAGCAAACCGGCACGAUUGACAAAAGCGAUGAUUAACUUUA